UAAAUACAUCUUUUCAGUUUACAGAGAUGAAAGUGUACCAUUGUUAUUCAAAGAAGACUUUACUAGCAAGGGGGAUGACAGGUCCUCAAAAGUAGCUAAAGAUAAUUGUAUUUAUAUGGACGCAAUGGGUUUUGGGAUGGGAUGUUGCUGUUUGCAACUUACUUUUCAAGCAUGUAACAUAGAAGAAGCAAGAACAUUAUACGAUCAACUAACACCUUUAUGUCCCAUCAUGUUGGCUUUAACCGCUGCCAGUCCGUUUUAUCGAGGCUACAUAAGUGAUGUUGAUUGUCGAUGGAAUGUCAUAUCUUCGUCAGUAGACUGCAGAACACAAGAAGAACGAGGGUUAAAACCACUUAAAGAAAACCAAUUUAAAAUCAGUAAGUCUAGGUACGAUUCUAUUGAUUCGUACCUUAGCAGACAAGGUGAAAAAUAUAAUGAUGUCUCUUUAACGUAUGACGAUGAGAUAUAUAAACAGCUUUUGGAUAAUGGAAUUGAUCAUUUGCUUGCGCAACAUAUAGCUCAUCUGUUUAUCAGAGAUAGUGUUUCUUUAUUUUCCGAAAAAGUCCAUCAGAACGAUUUAGAAGAUACUGAUCAUUUUGAGAACAUACAAUCUACAAACUGGCAAACCAUGCGUUUUAAACCACCACCGCCAAACUCGUCUAUCGGUUGGCGUGUAGAAUUCCGUCCAUGUGAAGUUCAGAUCACAGAUUUCGAAAAUGCUGCGAUAGUUUGUUUCACAGUACUAUUAACAAGAGUCAUUCUGAGUUACAAGCUAAACCUUUUAAUUCCAAUUAGCAAAGUUGAUCAAAAUAUGAUCAGGGCGCAGAAAAGAAAUGCAGUAAAAAUAGAGAAAUUUUGGUUUCGUCAUGAUAUUACUUCCGAUAUAAAAUCUGAUAAUACUCAAUCCGAGUAUACCGAGUUUACGAUUAAUGAAAUUAUUAAUGGAAAGAAUGGCAUUUUUCCUGGUCUCGUGCCACUUGUAAACUCAUAUUUAGCUAACAUGAAUGUAGAUGCUGAUACACAUUGUACUAUCCAAAGAUAUUUAAAAUUAAUACAGAAACGCGCUUCUGGUGAGCUUUUAACAACUGCUGCUUGGCUGAGAAAAGAGGUCACUUCGCAUCCUGAAUAUAAGCACGAUGCUGUAAUAACGCAGCGCAUCAAUUAUGAUUUAUUAAGAAAAAUCCAUGGCAUUGUUUCCAAUGAUAUAUCGUGUCCAGAAUUACUUGGACAGUGUGUAUCAUCUAAAACUACUGAUACCAUACCUGCUGCUGUUGCUAAAGCAGAAAAGUGUUCAGCAACAAAUUGUUAACGAUGACUAUGUCGAAACAUUUCAGAUUCAUCUAUGUAAGGCGGAGAUGAGACUUCAAGUCUAACCGCUUAAGCCUGGGACAAACGGAUACUUCUCCGUGAUAGGUUUUUAUUGAAUAGGGAAACCGGAGGGUAACCCCGUAAACGUUAGGGGUCGUAACCAGGAAUUCCUGGGGAUGCAAAAAGACAAAAGGAGGGUACGCACACCGGCAGGAAUGGU